GGCGCCAACUCAUCCAGUUACUUUGUUAACUUUAGUUUGUCUGCCAUCAUAGAUGUUAUAUUUUUGCAAAACUUUGAAAUUCAAAAUACAACCCAACGGUCUUUUUCUCGUUUUGCUUUUUCUGUUUUUUUUCGUUCUUUUCUUUUCCUUAUAUGCUACCUUGGAAGUUGGAUUGGCAGACCCAAACGCACAUAUUAAACCAGAAAAAGGAUAACUAAUAAUAAAUCUUGGAGUUUUGAUGUGGGGAAAAUGUUUGAAGUACAUAAUAAAUAUACCAGUCACCAGUGCCAGUACCAGAUAGACAGAGAGACAGAGAGAGAGAGAGAGAGAGAGAGAGAGAGAGAGAGAGAGAGAGAAGAAAAUAUAAAAGGAAAGAGGCUGGGUGCUGUGCUGGGGUAGAACGAAAAGGUGAGUCUCUGGAAAACAAAAAAGACAAAAGAAAAGGUAAAAAAUGAUAAAAGAGCAAUAAAGUGGUAAACCGAUACAUUAUUAUAAUUAUUAAUAUUAUACAUGUGUGUGUAUGUAUAUCACUAUAUUGUAGCUUCUAAACCAACGCAACGCUUAAUUCAAUUUACCCUUCCUUAAUUUAGGGAAGGAUAAAAGAAGGCAAGGGAAACUCUCACUGUCGUCUGCAUUGCAAAUUGCAAUAGUAGCAGCGGAGGAACAAAAAGAAGAUAAUAGAGGAGCAUUCACUACCUACUUACUACUUACUACUUACUACUUAGUAGUAGUAGUAAUAGUGGGAAGAAGAGAGGAGAGAGAGAGAGAGAGAGAGAGGGGCAUGGGAAUGGGAGGAGCAGGAGGAGGAGCAUCGUCAAAAUCUAAACUGAGAAAUGCAGCGAAGAAAAUGGUGGUGGCAGCUGCAAAUGCUUGUGGUUCCUUCUCCCGGAGAAAGGCUCUUGUGGAUCCCAUCGUCUUCGAUCAUACCAACACCACAGCCACUGCCUCUGUUCUUCAGCGGUGUCUCCCACAACCCCAAAGAAUAUCUCAGGAGAAGAAGUUGCAAAGGAAACGGAAUUUACGAUCAAGAGUAACAAUAUGCCUUCAACUUCAACUAAGAAUUUGUGCGCAAUAUGUCUAGACCCUCUGAGUUACCAUAGCAAGAGCAGCACCCCAGGUCUUGCUAUAUUCACGGCCCAGUGCUCCCAUGCUUUCCACUUUGCCUGCAUCUCCUCCAAUGUCCGCCAUGGUAGUGUUACCUGCCCCAUCUGCCGUGCCCAUUGGACUCAGCUGCCUCGCAAUCUGAACCCACCCGGGGGUUCCCUCUCGUCUUGCAACCGACCUGACCCCAUCCUCCAAAUCCUUGAUGACUCUAUUGCCACUUUCCGUAUCCACAGGCGCUCCUUCUUGCGCUCUGCUCACUAUGAUGAUGAUGACCCAAUUGAGCCUGAUCAUAUGCCUAAUUGGCCUCGUCUCCAACUCUCUCUAAUACCCAUCCCACCUAGUGCACCCCCUAGCUGGUGCACCCCAUACCCAUACCAUCCGUCCCCACAUCACCAAAGCUGUAGCUCUUCAUCAUUGUUACAAUCACCAACUAGGCCAAAGCCUUUUACUCUCUGUGCCUUUUCAGAUAGGGCAUAUCUUUCCGUGAAAUUAGCACAUCAACGAGCAACAGACUUGGUCUUGGUUGCUAGCCCCAAUGGGCCACACUUGAGGCUUCUCAAGCAGUGCAUGGCACUGGUGGUUUUUUCUCUUAGACCUAUUGACCGUUUGGCCAUUGUUACCUACUCAUCAGCUGCUGCCCGUCUCUUCCCUUUGAGACGCAUGACAUCUUAUGGGAAGCGAACGGCCCAACAGGUUAUUGACCGUCUGUUCUAUAUGGGGCAAGCAGAUCCAAUAGAAGGGAUCAAGAAAGGAAUCAAGAUACUUGAAGAUCGUGCAUACAAGAAUCCAGAGUCCAGUAUCCUGCAUCUGUCUGACAGCCCAACCCAAUCCUACCAUGCUGCAAUGAGCAUGGAGUUGCCGAUUCCAGUCCAUCGCUUUCAUGUAGGAUUUGGCUUUGGCACUUCAAAUGGGUUUAUCAUGCAUGAGUUUGAAGAGUUACUAGGAACACUCAUAGGUGGCAUCGUUAGAGAAGUCCAGUUGAGAAUCAGAAUAGGGGAGGAGGCAAGCAGUAGGAUCGUAAGGAUAGGAGAGCUAAGAGGAGGUGAAGAAAGGAAAAUCUUGGUGGAAUUGGGUGUGUGUGGACAUAUCUGUGUGGGAUAUAGUUAUAUUGAGGAGGGUGAGAUUGACGAACCUUUCACAACAGGAGAAACUGUGGUGAGCAUAGGAGACAGCAAAAGUAAGGCAACAGAAGGAGCGGCUGCUGCUUCUGGGACGAGCGAUGCAAUCAUUUGUGGGAGGUCUAGCAGUGCAAGUGUAGAAACUUGGGAUUACCAUGAUCCUUACAUGGCUAGAAGAUGGGCCAAGCAUUUGCAUGGCUACAGGCUCUGAAUCAAUCUAACAAAAGACAUUCACAGUCGAUGUUCACAAAUCAACUCAUCAUUCCUACAGAUGUUAGGUAAUCCAGGACCAUUGUGAGACUUCGAUUUGUCCCACCCAGAUGUAUGCUCAACGGCUUUCAAAAGAGAACUUGGGAACACUAAUUAAUAUUUAUUCACAAGUUACAAUUAACCAUACAUCAUUAUAUCAUACAUAUAUAUUUUACACUUCUCUUUGUAUCAAUCACUUGUGGAUUUUUUUUAAAUUUUUUUGUUGGCUUCA